UAUUGCUAUAGGUGCAGAAUUGGUACGCAAGUCAAUGCAGGCGCAAGAUUGAGGACGUGAACCCUGUGCUCUUCCUCUUAGACGAGAGAGAGCGUCGUUGCUGGAAGAGUGGCUUGACUUACAAAGUUAAGCUGGCACCUGCGGGAUAUUUAUUUCGUGAUGCUUGGCGAACUUGCUAGUUUCUCCAACCUGACAAACAAGAAAACCGAGCACGAUGAAGAAAGAAGACGUCAACUAUUCACUGUACCUCGUAACUGACUCGACACCAGCAAUUCUUGGCGACAAGAACAUUUGCCAUGUCGUCGAAGCUGCUGUGAAGGGCGGCGUCACUUGCGUCCAGUACAGGGACAAGACCAGUGAUACCGCAGUUCUGGUGGAUAUUGCCCGUCAAUUGCACGAGAUUACCAAGCGACACAAUGUACCACUCCUCAUCAACGACCGGAUUGAUGUGGCCCUCGCAGUUGGCUGUGAGGGAGUCCAUAUUGGGCAGGACGAUAUGGAGCUAAGUCUCGCGAGGAAGCUCUUGGGCCCCGACGCUAUCAUCGGAGUCACCGUGAGCAGCGUAGACCAAGCUCUUGAAGCGUGCAACAAUGGCGCCGACUAUCUCGGCAUUGGCACUGUCUACGCAACCCCAACGAAAACAAACGCAAAAAGCAUCAUUGGAACCGCUGGGGUGCGGGAGAUACUGGAAGCUAUUACUGCUGGAGGCCACGACGCCCAGACAGUCUGCAUCGGAGGCGUCAAUGGGUCCAACCUCGAGCGAGUCAUGUUCCAGAGCAGCUCUCCCUUGAGAAAUCUGAAUGGUGUUGCUAUCGUCAGCGCUCUCAUGGCUGCGCCGGACCCGGAGGGCGAGGCCAGGAGACUGCUCAGCCUUGUACGGGCGGCACCGCUGUUCCGGCAGGACGGUGAAGACAGGGCGGGUCAGAAACUAGUAGAAGCUCACGACAUUAUCGCUCUGGUCCCAGCUGUCAUCAAAGCUGUCCACGAUGCCACUCCCCUCUCUCACAACAUGACCAAUUUAGUUGUCCAGAACUUUGCGGCCAACGUAGCCUUGGCUGUAGGAGCAUCUCCUAUAAUGGCAAACUACGGAGAAGAGGCCCCUGAUCUCGCCAGGCUUGGCGGUGCCCUGGUGAUCAACAUGGGGACGGUCACCGAGCAGGGCCUGGAGAACUACCUCAAAGCCCUGAGGGCAUACAACCAAGCAGGCCGACCUGUGAUCUUCGAUCCCGUCGGAGCCGGUGCCACCUCGAUAAGGCGAGCGGCAGUCAAGACUAUCAUGGCCAAUGGCUAUCUCGAUGUAAUCAAGGGCAACGAGGGAGAGAUCAAGACGGUGUUUGGGCAGAACAACGUGCAGCAGCGCGGCGUUGACAGCUCCUGCACCCUGGACACCUCGCAGAAGGCCGAGCUCGUCCGGAAACUGGCUACAAGGGAGAAGAACAUCGUCAUCAUGACGGGCAAGACGGACAUUGUCAGCGACGGGGAGAGGGUGUUCAGAAUCGACAACGGCCACGAGUACCUGGGCAUGGUGACGGGCACGGGCUGCGUCUUGGGGACUACGGUCUCGGCGAUGAUGGCUAUCGCCCCGACGGACAAACUGGCCGCAGUGAUCGCGGGGAUCCUACACCUCGAGAUCGCCGCCGAGGUGGCGGCCGUCCGGGCGGAUGUCCAAGGGCCGGGGACGUUUGUGCCCGCUUUCAUAGACGAGCUGCUCAGGAUCCGGAAGGCAACUGCUGAUCGGGACCUGAGCUGGCUGCAACGGGCAAAGGUCUCUCGUGUGUGACGGACAGGCGAAUAUUAGUCGGAUCUAUCGCUCUAUCACAUAAUGCCAGCAUUCCCUUGCUAUCUGUUGAGAAUCUCCGUCCAUAGGUAUGUGCCGAAGGGGAUCACGUGCGGUUGGGCCGGUCGGCAUCUGUCCGGCAAC